AUGCCCGCCUCAAACCGGAUCAUCUACCCUGGAGAAUCACCCUCCGAAUCAUCCUCCCUUGCCAACCCCAUACCGGGUCGAGCACUGAGGGUGAACCAGAUCGAUUCGGAGGAUCUGGACAGUGCAUUAGUAGGAAUGUUGAGCGAUAAGCUAUCAAGCUCAUUGAAAAAUUUCAAGUCAUCUUUCUCGGAUGGGUUCAAACCUGAAUUAGAACUUGUCAUCAGACUUGUAAUAUUCAAAUAUGGAAUAUGGUCUAGUAUCAGAGCAUCUCCAGGAGCGAAGUUACAGAAUCUCCAGAUGAUAUCUGAUAGGACGAGUAAUCCUACGAAACGACUAUUACUAUUAUAUCUACUAUUGCAUCCACCGAUCUUUCCAUGCUACCUGAUCAAUCGCCUGAAGAAUUAUGGAUUAUCGAAUCAAUGGUCUGAUCUACCUAAUCACGAUUACCGUAAGAAGUUCUGGAAGGUCUUGGGAAGGUUGGAGAGUAUAAGUAAGAUUUGGGAGUUGAUCGGCUGGCUAGGGUUCUUAUGGGAUGGAAAAUACCCUUCAUUACUUAUGCGGUUAUUACGACUGAGACUCGUUCCUUCUCAAUCGCACUUGACGAGAUUGGUCUCGUACGAAUUCAUGAACAGACAUUUGGUCUGGAGUACCUUUACGGAAUUCUUGAUGUUCUCUAUACCGCUUCUCCCACCCCUUCCAUCAUUCCUCAAUCCUUCGACCCAACUCUCACACCUGAAAUCGAUAUUCUCCCCACCUCAAACCAUAGAUUACACUACCAUACCUAUUACAUCCUCCUCGUCUAACGGACCGAUCGAACCUAAAGGUAUAUAUGGCAAUUUACCCAAAUCGACCUGUGCGAUAUGUUACUCACGUAACUCGACUCAACCCGUACCACUAUCUUCCUCUUCUACUGGAUCCAACCUGAAUUUACCUCCCAUCGAAGGUGCAGAUGGUUCUGGCUUCGGGCAUGAAGACGAUAAAGAGGAUAAUAGAAUCUUCAUAGCUUCUCAAACGGAUUGUGUGGGCGGAUGUAGAUGGUGUUAUUACUGUAUUGGAGGAGAGCUGUAUAACCAUUAUGAGAGGGUCAAAGCGAAUGGGAGAAAGAGUAAGAAGAGGGAGGAUGAAGUCAAGCAGAAAGGGGAGGAGAAAGAAAUAGCAACAAAUCAAGAAGAGCAAGAUAACGAAGACAAAUGGGAUUGCAUAAGAUGUGGAGGGAAAGUCAGUCGAGCUUGGAGAGUGGGUGCCGAAGAGGGUGUAGACUCGUGA